AGCAGUUCUGGAGGCCACGGUAGUUGGAAGAAUGAUGGUCUACUCAGUAUUAAUGAAAAACAAACCAUGCAGAUGUUGAAUGAACGCUUAUCUUCCUACUUGGACAAAGUAAGCGCUCUUGAACAGGAGAAUGCCCUACUUGAGCGCAAGAUCUGUGAGUGGUAUGCCAAUAAUGCCCCCAGCUCACUGCCUGACUCUAGUCAGUACUUCAGGGUGAUCUCCGAACUCCAGAACGAGAUCACAAGAGCUAACCUGGAAAAUGCAAGGAUCAUUCUGCAGAUUGAUAAUGCCAGAUUGGCUGCUGACGACUUCGGUGACAAGUAUGAAAUGGAGCUCAGCAUUCGUAAUAAUGCUGAAGCCGAUGUGAAUGCCCUACGUAGAGUCCUGGAAGGACUUAAUCAAGAAAUUUGUGAUCUCCAGAUGCAAGUUCAAAACCUUCAGGGAGAAUUACAGGAGAUGAAAAGAAACCAUGAAGAGGAAGUAAACUGUCUUCGUGCUCAGCUUGGAGCUAGAAUUAAUGUUGAAAUGAAUGCUGCCCCAUCUAUUGACCUGAAUAGAGCCUUAUCUGAAAUCCGAGAUGAAUAUGAGAAUCUAAUGGAGAGAAGCUUGAGAGAUGCAGAGAAUAUGUUUAGGCAAAGGAGUGAAGAGUUGAACCGUCAAGUGGCUUCAGGUUCCGAGCAACUUCAAUCUGUUCAAACCGAGGUUAUUGAGCUAAAACGCACUGUCCAGACCCUAGAGAUUGAACUGCAGAGCCAACUGAGCAUGACAUCAGCCCUGGAAUACACUUUGGCAGAGACUCAAGCUACUUUUGGCUCCCAAAUUGCCCAAUUACAGUCCAUGAUCAACAGUGUGGAGUCUCAAUUGGGACAAAUCAGAUCUGAUCUAGAGCGUCAGAACCACGAAUACAAAAUCCUUAUGGACCAGAAGACCCACCUGGAGAUGGAGAUUGCUACUUACAAACGUCUGCUGGAUGGCCAUGAUAUUCAGUAUGUACAUUAA